GAUAGCUCUCUCAUGUGUGACCAUCCAAUUACACUCGAGCUUGUGGUUACCAGGAAGUGCAGGACGCCAGAAAGAGACUCUUCUCAUCAACUCUUUCUAACCUUAAAUUGCAAUUUUCUGUCGUAACUUUUACAGAAACAGGACUCUGUUAUCGUGGUCACACAAGUUGCUUCUGCUGCCAGCAUAGCGGCGUUCUCAGCACAGUCCACAACCAGCUCGCUUAAAUGUGACGGCAGGAUUUGCCCAGCUAGCUUGUGCUGCUAACACAAGUUAAUAAACAAGAACAGGGACGAUACCUUCUGCCAGCUGCCGUCAUUAACCUUGUCCCGCGAACUGAACGACUUUUCCGCAGAUGAUCGAUAUGACUAGCACUGUGCUGCAAGUCGGUACCGGUGUUGUUGUCAUUGUGAUCGUUUGGAUCGCAGCUCUUGUGGUAGGGACCAUUCUGCUGAGAGCCGAUGGAUCGGCAAAAUUAGGAGUCAUCCCCGCUACCCUCCUGGCUCUCACCAUCACUCUGGUGCUGGUGUUCUUCCCUCGGAGCCCAGAGACGCCUCUUCCUUUCAAAGAGAUGGAGAUAGUCGACACCUUCUUCAUUGGCCGCUACGUUCUCCUGGCAGUGGUGGGGACAGUUUUCCUGGUGGCGUUCUUCAUGCUGCUGCCCUUGCACUUCCUGGAGCCGGUGCAUGCUAAGGCUUUAAGGACGUACUAGGAGGCCAGCAUCGUUGGCGGCAGCAGGGUCACAUCCCCCAAGAUACAGAACGCAGGGAAAAUGGGGCUGAGGGUGGAGAAGAAGAAUCUCUCCCUGUUGUGAAGAACAGAACUAGAGACUGAGACUGCUCUGAAAACGAAUGCCAGCAAUCUCUUAAUGAACUUCCAAAACUUCUUGCAUCUCUUUUUUUUAUUAUUUUUGAUUUUUAAGUAGCAGUGCUUGUCACAAAUGUAACUUUUGAAUCAGUUUUUCUCUUAACUUCUAGAGUCAGUUUUCAUCUCCUCUAGAUAAACUUAGAGGUUCUGAGUGUUUUUGUCCUGUUUCUUCUCAGUGUGGAUGGGUGAAGUCGUUCCCUGUCACACUGGUUCCUUUUUGCCAUGUCUGUUGUUUUAUAAAACGUAAACAAAAUAGUAACAGAAAGAUGCGAAUCACAUUUUGUGGAGCUUUAGGUCUUGUCACAGUUUUGAAGUACAGCUCCCAUUUAAAAGUAAUCACCCCCUUUAAUGUUUUAGCCUUUGAUUUCUUUUACAGUGAUAAAUAAAAUGUGACCUGUCUGACAAGAAAGUUUACAGAAACAUCUCCAAUGUCAAAGUAAAAACUGAUUUCCACAAAUUAAUGACAGCUAAGUAAAGAUACGUCAUAAAAUUUC